AUAAAGAGUUUCUCAGCCUUUCGAACUGUCUCAGUUGUCGGUGAGGCCGGCCGGGCGGAUCCCACACUAGAGUAAAAGAGAAAAUAAAGCAACACAACAACAAUUACAACUUGGCCUUUCUUUUUGUAAAUUAAGUUAACAAGUUCCCCAGUGGAUAUAUAUCAGCAAGAUGCCCUCAGCGAUGAAUGCAAAUAUGACAGUGCAAUCUGCCAGUCCAGAAGUGGGAUCCGCUCCCGGGUCAAUGGGCGGUUUUGGACUUGGUGGACAGUCAGAAGUCCUCAAGCAAGUGCUGUGUGUCAUUGACAAGAAAGUCCGCAACAUGGAGAAGAAAAAGAGCAAACUGGAUGAUUAUAAAGUCAGGAAGAAUAAAGGAGAGGGUCUGAACCAGGACCAGCUGGAGGCCCUCUCCAAAUACCAGGAAGUCAUGAACAACCUGGAAUUUGCCCGAGAGCUUCAUAAGACAUUUAUUACUUUGGGGCAGGAUAUGCAGAAAGUAGGGAAGAAGUUUGCAAGGCGGGAGCAGCUGCAACGAGAAGAGUCAGAGCAGAAGAGGCUUAAGACUGUUCUGGAGUUGCAGUUUAUCCUGGACCGGCUUGGUGAAGACGCUGUACGGCAGGACCUGAAGCAGGGAGUCGGUGGCACACCGCUGCUGACAGAUGCAGACCUCGUAGCUUUUGAUGAGUUCUACAAGUUGGUGGGACCAGAGCGGGAUCAGAACGUGAGAUUGAUUGACCAGUAUGAAGAAGCAUCUGUGCACCUUUGGGACCUGCUGGAAGGGAAGGACAAACCUGUGGUUGGUACAACAUACAAGGCACUGAAAGAGACUUUGGACCAGGUUCUGCUGAGUGGGUACUUUGACCGGAUUCCAUCUCACCAAAAUGGAGUGUGUGAGGAGGAAGAGGAGGAAGAGCCCACAGCGGCGGUGGUGGCAGCAGUAGCUGAGUCGUCGGAGGCAGAGGAGCAGACAGCUGAUCCAGAAACAGAAGUAAUUGAAGAAUUCACAGAGUCCAUCACAGUGGAAACAACAGAAUUUGUAAACAGACAGUUCAUUCCAGAGGACUCCUAUGGCAACAGUGAAAAAGAGCAGGUGGAUGAGUGGACCAGAGAAACAGAGGCUGUUAGUGCCUUGCAACAGCAACAACCCGCACACCCUGCAGCUUCCCCCGUUGCCAUGGAGACUCGCAACAUAAAUGUAACGUCUUCUGUUCCGCCUACUGAUCCCAUGGUUCGAAAGCAAGUGGUGCAAGACUUAAUGGCACAGUUGCAAGGAACGUGCAACUUCAUGCAGGACUCAAUGUUGGAGUUUGAUGGAACGUCCAUUGAUCCAGCCAUUGUAUCUGCACAGCCCAUGAAAGCUGCUCAUGCCAUGGAUGUACCACAGAUGGUUUGUCCCCCAGGUCACCCUGAUCCUCGGCCGACACAACCCAACUCUGUUCCUGUACAACCUGAGCCCACACAAGUCCCCAUCGUAUCUCCAACACCAUCCCCGAUGUAUCAAACCUCCCACUCGCCAGAUCCUCGACCAUCAACAGAGUCCGUCGACCCCAUCCAGACUUCCAUGUCAUUGUCGUCAGAACAGCCUCCCCCCUCCACAGCUCUCCCUCCCGCCUCUCAGACGCAGGUCUUCCAGCCUGUUCCCAAACCUCCUCACAGCAGUGGCAUCAAUGUCAAUGCAGCUCCAUUCCAGUCAAUGCAAACAGUGUUCAACCUUAAUGCUCCAGUCCCUCCAGCUAAUGAGACUGAAGCCCUAAACCAGGCCAGCCAGUACCAGAACAGCUACAAUCAGGCCUUCAGCAGCCAGUCCCAGCAUUCUGUGGAGCAGACCGAGAUGCAGACAGAACAACUACAGUCUGUAGUCAGUGCCUUUCAUUCCCAAGAGCAGCCUGGAGGCCUCCAGCAGCCUGUCCAGCAGGGUCCAGGCUUCAGCAGGCAGCCUCAGUCCUUCUACAACAGCAGAGGCAUGUCUCGUGGUGGACCCCGCAACACCAGGGGCAUGAUCAAUGGCUACAGAGGCUCCUCCAAUGGAUUCAGAGGUGGUUAUGAUGGUUAUCGUCCUCCUUUCACCAACACUCCCAACUCUGGAUAUGGACAGACUCAGUUCAGCACAUCUCGAGACUACUCAAACGGAAACUAUCAGAGGGAGGGGUACCAGCAGAACUAUAAGCGAGGAGCUGGUCAGGGACCCAGAGGAGUAUCAAGAGGCAGCACUCAAGCAAUGAGAUCCUGAAAUGGCCUUUAAUCGUGACUGUGACUGAAUAACUUGCACCACACUGAAAAGUUGAGUUCAUGAAUGCAUUUGCCCCAGCUCACUUCUGCUCUUUUUUCAUUCAUCAGUGUUCUUUUUUCCUGUUCCUUUAAUCAAAGUUCUGCUUGUAUUGAUAUUUGAGAAAUAAUAAAUCCUUUAAAGGUUAAAACACAAGGUAAACUGUAGAUCAAGUCACUGAUUUACACUAACUUGUUCCAAUACUCCUGUAAACUUGAAAGACUUCAUAAGUUAUAAAUAAAUAAUUUUUUAUUAUAAAAAUGAAUAUGCCACUGCUGGCUUAAGUCAUGGGAGUUUUUUCCCCUUUCUCAGAUAUUUUCUGCCAUUUUGGUUCAACGUUUUUUUUUCAAUGAGCUCCAGUUUCCUUGUUUGUAAAUUCAAUGUUGCUUCAAAAGUUUCAAUAAAGUUGUGUUGCAUA